CGCGCGCCCUCGCGUACAGAGCUCACUCGCCAGGUUUGUGGAUGUCGCAGAACACGGAAGGAGGGCCGCCGGAGGUCACACUGGCGACCUCAAUGGGCUCUUUUACAGUUGAGAUGUACACCAAACACGCGCCGAGAACUUGCCGGAACUUCAUUGAGCUCGCUCGGAGUGGUUACUAUAACAACGUUAAGUUCCAUAGGAUCAUCAAGGAUUUCAUUGUGCAAGGUGGCGAUCCAACUGGUACCGGAAGAGGAGGACAAUCCAUUUACGAUUCGAAAUUUGAUGAUGAGAUUGACAAAGAAUUAAAACAUACUGGAGCAGGUAUUCUAUCCAUGGCUAAUGCAGGACCAAACUCAAAUGGAAGUCAAUUCUUCAUUACAUUAGCACCUGCACAAUCGCUGGAUGGUAAUUUUUUUGUCACUGUAACCAGUUGUCCAGUCAUAUCACGUGUGUGCUCAUCUACAACUAUCUUCAUGUACCCUAUCAUGUGUGUGUUUGAGGCGACCCGUGACUGCAUAUGUGGCGUGUACCGGGGGGCAAACAUACCAUAUUUGGAAGAGUCUGUCGAGGAAUGGAAAUUGUGAAGAGACUUGGCAGCGUUCAAACUGAUAACACAGAUAGACCUGUCCACGAUGUGAAGAUAUUAAAGGCAACCGUUAAAGAUUGAUGUCAUGCUGCACUACAAAAGGGCCGUCAAUCUUUUCUCUCCGUCAUUGAAAACCAUAAAAGACACCAUCUUUGGCCUGUGUUCAAAUUGCUUUAUUGCAGCCAAUUGAUAUAAUUUGACGGAUGGAAUGACUAGGCUUUAUGUUUGUUAUUACACAGUUUUAUUGCAUGGGAAUUCUUUAUUAUUCCCCUCAUAAACUAGAUCCACUUAUAGAACGGACCAGGAAUCGACCUAGCCAAGUGAUCAGGUCAAG